AUGGAACAAACUAUUUCAAGUAACAAUAGUGAUAGGCCGUUUCCAACUCUUCCAAAUGAAAUAACUUUAUUGAUCUUGUCAUAUCUAAAUCAACAAACGAGAAUCAAGAUCCUUAGAGUUUCAAAAGCUUUUCGUGACAUAAUUUACUCUUCGAUUCUUUGGCAUGAGGCUAUCAUUUAUAACACAAGAGGUUUUGGAAAGGAAGCUUUGGAAAUAUUAAAAAAAGUGCACUCCUUAGGUGCGAGAGCGAGUGGUCUUGACGACGAAUUUGUUAGAAAGUUACUUAUGGAUCCCCCUGGUCAAUCGUUAAGAGUAUUGGAUUUAUCGAUUAACGCUAUAACUGAUAAAACCGUAUUUUACAUAGGCAAUAAUUGUCCAAACCUUCAAAAAUUAUUUUUAGAAGGCUGUGACGAAAUAACAGAUAUCAAACCUUUAAUUAACCUUUCCUCUCAUUUAAACGCUUUAAUCCUUUCUUAUUGUAGUGAAUUAUUAGAUUCUACAAUUGCUGAUCUAAUUUCUUCUGUUUUUGGUGUGAAUCUUUCUAAGCUGGAUUUAGAUGGAUGUCAUAGAUUAACUGAUGUUAGUAUAUAUAGAAUAUCUUGCUAUUUGAAAAAUUUGGAAUAUCUAGCAAUCGAUGGUCAAGGAAUUAAUGAUGAUCCUAUAAUUAAUGAAAGUAGCAUUCUCACCAUACUUACUUCUUGCCCAGAUAUUCAAGAAUUAAUGGUAACCGGGUGUAAUGAUAUAACUUGUGAAUCGAUAAUCGGUAAAAAAUUUCUGAACUUGAAGGUCUUAAGUCUUUUGAGCUGCAGAGCUGUUGAACCUAUCACACUUCAAGCGAUCAGUGAACUUAAUAAAAAUGUCUACAUAAUUGAUUAUUACGGCGAAGUUUAUAAAAAUGGAAAGAAAAUUGGUUUUCAUGAAGAAGUACAUGUUGAUGGCGAAGAUGUUGAAUGGAUGGUUGGAGGUAGAGAACGAAGAUCUGGUUUAUUGCGUGUUGGACAUUUUUUAAGAUUUUUUAAAGGUUAUUUCAUUUAA